AUAAUAUGCUCUAAAAUUUAUAAGUCGAAGGCAAAGAAAUUAACUAAGAUUACUCUUAUGAAUGGGUAGUUGGGAAUGAUGAUUUAAUAAACAUGGAAAAAGGAAUUUCAAUAGCCGAGUUUUCUGAGUAAAUUCAGAAUCGAGAUUAAGAAAUGGAAUUCAGAGUAAAGAAUAAAUGAUCAACUCUUAGAUUUUAAGACGUCUUACAGAAACCUAAUACCAUAAUGAAAACCUUUAUGAUUUUCAUCCUGACAUUUUGAAGCUAAAUAGAUAUGGCAACAUCCUACCUUGUAUCAUUAAAAGUUAUCAUAGUUAAACAUUCAAUUGUCAAGUUGAAAUGCGAUGAAGAGGAGAACUAAAAGGAAUCAUACAUAAAUGCUGAUUACAUUAAUGUAAAGUAAUGAUUGAAGAUGUUAGCUAAUAAAUGGAAAAGAGAAAAUGAUGAUAGCCACUUAAGGUCCAGUGACCUAAACAAUAGGACAUUUUUGGAGGAUGAUUUCUUAAGAAAAUGUAUAAAGCAUAGUGAUGCUUUGUAAUCUAAAAGAAAAUGGGAAGGUAAUUGAAGUGUUGAAUGUAUGAAAGGUGUAAUGCGAGUAAUACUGGCCUAGAAAUAUAGGAGAGAGUUUGCUUGUAGGAAAUAUUACUAUAAAUUUCGUUAGUUAAGAAGAUUUGGGAAACAACAUAAUAAAAAGAACACUGUAAAUAUAAGAACAAAACGGAGAAGAAAAAUUAAUAAUUCAUUUAUAGUGGUGUGGAUGGCCAGAUUAAGGAGUGCCCAAUCAUAAUGAUUUCAAUACAAUAAAGGAAUUGAUUAAUCAAAUUUUGGACAAGGUCUUGAAUGAUUAGAAAGUUGUAUUUCACUGCAGGUAAUUCUAUAUUCAUUUCAAUAUUCUAGUGCAGGAGUAGGGAGAACAGGAACGCUGAUAUCCUUAGUAAACCUGAUGAUCAUUCUCACAACCUACAAAUCAUACAUAGGAACUGACAAUGCGAGUACAAUUACAUUAAUAAAACAAGAAAUAUUUGAGAACCCAGAGUAGUUUAGGAUUUCAAUUUUUGGAGUGGUGCGAAGAUUGAGGGAGUAACGAUGGGGAAUGGUGCACACAUCAGAACAAUACCAAUAUGUAUACAAAUUCAUUGAUUAAGCUAUAAAAUAUAUGUUUUAGCAAUAGUAAUGA